GAGUGGGGCGAAGUCAUGGAGUUCGCGGGUGAUGGCCGUUUGCCGGGCUGCGGUUCCGCAAAGUUGCCAGCUGGGGGCGCCUUAGGACCGACUUUGCUUGCGGGACCUGCGGAGGAAUGGGGGUGGCGGCUGCGCAGCGCCUUGCGGCUCGUCCCGGCGAAGGUGCCUUAUUGCGCUCCGAAACAGCACCGGGUUCGGCGAGCUGCAGAGACAUCGCACCGGGAAACGGAGAGCUGGAUCUGCAGGUUCUGGGACCGCCUCGCGUCUGGUGCCUGGUACUCACCCCGCAUGGGGGUGUAGCCUCCAUGUGACACGCCUCUGACGGCCGGGAUCAGGCCUUUUCCAGAAUGUUCCAUCUCAUCAAGAAGGACAAAGACAAGGAUGGUGGGAAGAAGGAGAAGCGGGAGAAGAGGGAGAAGAAGGAGCGCAUGUCGGCGGCGGAGCUGAGGAGCCUGGAGGAGAUGAGCGUGAGGAGGGGUUUCUUCCACCUCCCUCGUGGGGCCAAGAAGGAGCAGAAGGGGAGGAUGGAGAUCUCAGGCCCCAUGCCUGUCCGGGCAGGCACCACAGAGACCGGGGGCCCGGCAGCAGACACAGCGGGCCCCGGCGAGGAGAUAAAGGGCGGUGUGGGGGCCCGGCGCAGCUCGGUGCGAGAGCGUGCCGCCAAGUCUCUGGCCAAGCAGAGCUCACAGGUGGGUCACCUCAUGAAGCGCCUGUCCUUCUCCCAAAAGGGCAGUGAGGACAGGCCACCAGAGGGCGCCAUGCCCUCCCCAUCCCCACAGGCCUCUGACAUGCCCCCAAAGUCUGGAGACCCUGAGCCUGUCCUGGACCCAGCGAAGGUCCCGGAGCUGGUGGAGCGGACGUUCGUGGCGGACCUGCGCCUUCCCGCUGUGAUGCCCCCAGUUCUGCCGGAUCCCCGGGAGCUGGAGAUCCGGAGGCGCGACACCGGCGACUUCGGCUUCUCACUGCGUCGCACCGCCAUGCUGGAGCGCCGUGCUGCUGAUGGUGCCGUCUGCAAGCGCGUGGUCCACUUCGCCGAGCCCGGCUCUGGUGCCAAGGAGAUGGGUCUGGGUUUGGGCCCGGGUCCGGGCCCGGGCCCGGGCCUGGGACUGGAACUCGGCCUGGUGCCCGGCGACCGGUUGGUGGAGGUAAAUGGGCUGAACGUGGAGGGCCGGAAUCGGGAUGAGAUCGUGGAGAUGAUCCGGCAGUCAGGCGAGACGGUGCGACUGAAGGUGCAGCCCAUCCUGGAGCUGGCAGAGCUGAGCCGUGGUUGGCUGAGGAGCAGCGAAGGGCUGCGGCGGGAAGUUCUAGAGGUGAAGACCGAGGAGCAGAUCGCUGUAGAAAAGGCCUGGUACAGCACCGAGAAGGUGUGGCUUAUCCACAAAGACGGCUUCUCCCUGGCCAUGUUGCUCAAGUCUGAGGAGGACAGCGUGCCGGAAGGGAAGGUGAAGAUCCAGCUGGAGCAUGAUGGGAAGGUUCUGGUAGUGGACGAGGACGACGUGGAGAAGGCCAAUCCCCCGGCGUGCGACCGGGUGGAGGACCUGGCCUCGCUGCAGUACCUGAACGAGUCGAGCGUGGUGAACAGCCUGCGGCAACGCUACGGCACCCGUCUGAUCCACACGCACGCCGGCCGUGGCAUGGUGGUGAUCAACCCUGUCAGCGCCCCCUCCAUGUACUCCGACAAGGUAAUGCAGAUGUUUAAGGGCUGCCGGCGGGAGGACUCGGCCCCCCACAUCUACGGCGUGGCCCAGGCGGCCUACCGCAGCCUCCUGACGACGCGGCAGGACCAGGCCAUCGUGCUGCUGGGCCGCAGUGGCGGUGGCAAGAGCACAUGCUGCCAGCACCUGGUGCAGUACCUGGCAGGGGCAGCGGGCAGUGCUACGGGCAAAGCCUUCUCCGUGGAGAAGUGGCAGGCAGCGAACUUCCUGCUGGAAGCCUUUGGAAACAGCGGGACGCCCCUCAACAGCAACGCCAGCCGCUUCUCCCAGAUCAUCUCGCUGGAUUUCGACCAGGCUGGUCAGGUGGCCUCAGCGUCCAUCCAGACCAUGCUGCUGGAGAAGCUGAGGGUGGCCAGAAGGCCGAUGGGCGAGACCACCUUCAAUGUCUUCUACUACCUGAUGGCCGGGGCAGACUCCUCCCUCAGAACUGAGCUACACUUCAACCACUUUGCGGAGAGCAGUGCCUUUGGUAUCAUGCCUCACACUAAGCCCGAGGACAAGCAGAAGGCCUCCCAGCAGUUCACCAAGCUUCAGGCGGCCAUGAAGGUGCUGGGUAUCUCCAGCGAGGAGCAGAGGGCCUUCUGGCUUGUCCUGGGCGCCAUUUACCACUUGGGGGCAGCGGGGGCCUCUAAAGCGGGACGCCGGCAGUUUGCGCGACACGAGUGGGGCCAGAAGGCAGCAUAUCUGCUGGGCUGCUCCCUCGAGGAGAUCUCCUCUGCCAUUUUUAAGCAUCAGCCCAUGGGCGCCCCCCAGAGGCCUUCCCCUGCCUCGUCCUCGCUCCAGGGGCCGGAGAAAGCGAACUCUGCAGACAACGCUGGACCCCGGGUGUCGGCCGCUGACUGCCUGGAGGUCAUAGCCUCGGGGCUUUACGCCGAGCUGUUUUCCCUCCUCAUCUUCCUCAUCAACAGGGCCCUCAAGUCCCACCAGCACUCGCUCUAUUCGCUGAUGAUCGUGGACACGCCCGGCUCCCAGAAUCCCCGGCUGGCCGAGCAGGCCCGUGGAGGAACCUUCCAGGAGCUGUGCCACAAUUACACGCAGGAGCGUCUGCAGGCCCUGUUUCAGGAGCACAGCGUCGCCCAGGAGCUGGAGCGCCACGGGGAGGAGAACGUGGAGCUGACCCUGGAUGACAUGGAGACCAGCCCAUCGUCGUCCGUAGCUGUGGUGGACCAGCCGGUGAGGCAGACCCUGGUGCGGACGCCAGCACAGGCAGAUGAGGCUCGCGGGCUGCUCUGGCUGAUGGAAGAGGAGGCACUGCAGCCGGGCUGUUCAGAGGACGCGCUAGUGAGGCGUCUGCUCGGCUACUACGGCCCGGCCGAGGGGGACCGCCAAGGCCACAAGGUCGUCCUCAAAGGGCAGCAGCCGCAUCACUUCCUGUUAGGACACAGCCAUGGGACAGACUGGGUGGAAUAUGACACCCGAGGCUGGCUGGGUUACGCCAAGCAGAAUCCGACCUCCCAGAAUGCGGCGUUCCUGCUGCAGAACUCCCAGAAGAAGAGCAUCCGGGGUCUGUUUGUGGGCCGGGGGGCCGCGGGGACGGCGCUGUCCGGCUCCAUUGCCGGGUUAGAGGGCGUGUCCCAGCUGGCCAUGCGCCGUGCCACCAGCCUGAGGAAGUCCUUCACCGCCGGCAUGGCGGCCAUCAAGAAGAGGUCUCCGUGCUUCCAUGUCAAGCUGCAGGUGGACGCCCUGAUCGACCUGGUGAGGAGGUCCCGGGUCCACUACGUACACUGCUUCCUGCCCUUCCCCGACGCGGCCGCAAAAGGGCGCGACAGCAAGGCGGCCCGGGCGGGCGAGCCCGAGGCCCAGGGCGAGAGCUGCGAGCCAGGCCUCAUGCAGCUGGACGUGCCCCUGCUUCGGGCCCAGGUCCGGGGCUCCCGGCUACUGGACACCCUGAGAAUCCAUAGGCAAGGAUACCCGGAUCACAUGGUCUUCUCUGAGUUCCGACGUCGUUUCGAGGUCCUGGUGCCCCACCUGAGCAAGAAGCACGGACGGCACUACAUCGUCUCAGACGAGAAGCGAGCCGUGGAGGAGCUCCUGGAAUCCCUGGAUCUGGAGAAGAGCAGUCACCACAUGGGCUUGAGCAGGGUGCUCUUCCGGGCGGGAACCUUGGCCAAGCUGGAGGAGCAGAGAGAUGAGCAGACCAGGCACAACAUCUCGCUGCUGCAGGCCGCCUGCCGUGGCUACCUGGCCAGGCAGGCCUUCAAGAAGAGGAAGGUCCAGGAUCUGGCUCUCCGCUGCAUCCAGAAGAACAUCAAGAAGAACCGAGGAGUGAAGGACUGGCCUUGGUGGAAGCUCUUCACCAACGUCCGGCCUCUGGUGGAGGUGCAGCUCACCGAGGAGCAGAUCCGCGGCCGGGAUGAGGAGAUCCAGCAGCUCAAGAUGAAGCUGGAGAAAGCAGAGAAGGAGCGGAAUGAGCUGAGGCUGAGCAGUGAGCGUCUGGAGAGCAGGGUGACGGAGCUGUCGGUGGAGCUGGCAGACGAGAGAAGCGCCGGGGAGUCCGCCUCCCAGAUGCUGGAGACGGAGGCUGCCGAGAGGCUGCGUCUGGACCGGGACCUGAGGGAGCUGCAGGUGAAGUACGAUGCAGUGAGGAAGCAGGCGGAGUCCAUGGAGGUGGAGGUGAUGGAGGCGCGGCUGUCGCGCGCGGUGGAGCUCAAUGGGGACCUGGAUGACGACGAUGACGCUGGGGGGGCGUGGCGUGUGAAGUACGAGCGUGCCGUGCGGGAGGCCGACUUCAACAAGAAGAGGCACCAGCAGGAGUUUGAGGAUAAGCUGGAGACGGAGCAGCAGAGCAGGAGGCACGUGGAGCGGAAGCUGGCAGACCUGCAGGCGGACAGCGACGAGGCCCAGCGCUCCCUGCAGCAGUUCAAGAAGAAGGUGCAGCGUCUGACGUCGGAGCUGCAGGACACCAGGCUUCACCUGGAGAACCAGCAGAGCAGGAACCACGAGCUGGAGAAGAAGCAGAGGAGGUUUGACUCCGAGCAGAGCCAGGCGCUGGACGAAGCGCACCGAGAGAGGGCCCUCCGGGAGAAGCUGGCUCGCGAGAAGGACGCCCUGACAGGGGAGCUGUUCAGCCUGAGGCAACAGCUACAGGACAAGGAUGUCGAGGCAUGUGCGGCGCGGCUGAAGGUGGAGCAGCUGGAGGCGGAGCUUGCAGACCUGUCCUCCCAGGAGUCCAAGGAUGAGGCUUCUCUGGCCAAAGUGAAGAAGCAGCUGCGUGACCUGCAGGUCAAGGUCAAAGACCAGGAGGAGGAGCUGGACGAGCAGGCCGGCACUAUCCAGAUGCUGGAGCAGGCCAAGCUGAGGCUAGAAAUGCAAAUGGAGCGGCUGCGGCAGACCCAUGCAAAGGAGGUGGAGAGCCGAGAAGAGGAAGUGGAGGAGAUCAGGCAGACGUGCAGUAAGAAGGUGAAGCAGAUGGAGGUGCAGUUGGAGGAGGAGUACGAGGAGAAACAGAAGAUCCUCCGUGAAAAACGAGAACUGGAGUCCAAGUUGCUGAGCGCCCAGGACCAGCUGGGGCAGCGGGACCUAGAGACGGAGAGGCGGCUCCGCAAGGACCUGAAGCGGACCAAGGUGCUGCUGGUGGACGCCCAGGUCAUGCUGGAGCACCUGAAGAACAGCGCCCCCAGCAGGAGGGAGAUCUCCCAGCUCAAGAACCAGCUGGAGGAGUCAGAGUUCACAUGUGCAGCUGCCGUCAAGACCCGCAAGUCCAUGGAGCUGGAGAUGGAGGACCUUCACCUGCAGAUGGAUGACGUCACAAGGGCUAAGUCCUCUCUGGAGGAACAGGUGAGCCGGCUGCAGCGUGAGAAGAACGAGCUGCAGUCACGCAUGGAGGAGGACCAGGAGGACCUGAAUGAACUGAUGAAGAAGCAAAAGGCGGCCGUCGCCCAGUCAGCCCGAGACCUGUCCCAGAUCAGCGAUUUGCAAGCACAGCUGGAGGAGGCCAUCAAAGAGAAGCAGGAGGUCCUGGAAAAGGUCCAGGCCCUACAGAGCCAGCUGGAAUUCCAGGAGCAGUCCAUGGUGGACAGGUCCCUGGUCAGCAGGCAGGAGGCCAAGGUGCGCGAGCUGGAGACCAAGCUGGAGUACGAGAAGUCGCAGGUCAAGAGGCUGGAGGGCCUGGUGAGCCGCCUGAAGGAGAACAUGGAGAAGCUGACGGAGGAGCGCGAUCAGCACGUGGCCGCAGAGAGCCGGGAGAAGGAGCAGAACAAACGUGCGCAGAGGCAGAUGCGGGACCUGAAGGAGGAGAUGGCGGAGUUGGCCAAGAAGGAGGCGGAGGCCAGUCGCAAGAAGCACGAGCUGGAGAUGGACGUCGAGAGCUUGGAGGCGGCCAAUCAGAGCCUGCAGACCGACCUCAAGCUGGCUUUCAAGCGGAUUGGCGAUCUGCAGGCCGCCCUCGAGGAUGAGAUGGAGAGCGACGACAACGACGACCUCGUCAACUGCGUGCAGACCAUGGUGACUAAGUAUCAGAGCAGGAGGAGUAAAACUGGGGACGACUCUGACAUGGACUCUGAGGUGGAGGACCGGGUGGACGGUGUGAAGUUGCACCUAUCCAGGAGCAAGGACUCCAGCAGGACCCUGUCAGACGACGUCAGCAUGAAGAGCCCUAGCCCACCCUCCUAUCGUUCGCACCCCGACAGCGACAGACCCAGUGGAGGACAGAUGGAUGACGGCCCCCCCCUCCCAGUUCACUGUGGCAACCUGAACAACAGCGAUGGGCGGGCGAGGUCUGAGAUGACAACGUAAUAGCGACACGCUUCAGAACAGGAAACCGAGACUGAGACUGACAGAUAGUCAGACAGACUAAGACUAUCAGACUGACUGACAGACUGAAACUGAUAGACGGACUGACAUACUGAAACUAACAGACAGACUGACUGAGACUAACUGACUGAGACUGACUGACUGAGACUGACAGACUGACUGAGAAACUGAGACUGACAGAGAUUGACAACAUAAUCUGCUGUCACUCUCUCUCUGAUUGUGCUGCCUGGUGUCUGAAUGGUUAAAUGCUAGUAGGAUGUCUGGCUGUACCUUUACUUUCAUAAACUUCACAAACAAACGAAGCAGCCGCCACCUAGACCCUCAGAGAACCCCCAGCUGGGCCCUUACACCCACGUACACUGCAGAGCGUGCGCUCUUACACAUUUUACCUAUGCCUGUCCCUUAGUGGCACGUGGCUGCCUGCUGCUGUCUUUCAGAGCAGAAUAAAACCAAGAGGGUCAGUGUUCUUUAGACAUGAUCUCCUUAGUGAGGCUUAGCCGGGAAAUACACGCUCCUUGGCAUCAUGCUUCUGGUUGUGUUAAGACUUCCUAGUUAAUUAGCUCUGCUGUCUUGGCUUUGGCUUGUGUUAUUAUGAACACAGGAAGGCGGGCAUGGGGUGGGGGGUGGGUGUUGUUUCCUUAGUGGCUGCUGGGGUGGGGGAUGCGUUUGCACACUGCGCUGACUGGAAGCUGUGAGGAAUUCUAGAAGACUCCCCGGCAGUGUUGGCCUGGCCCUUUUUCGGGGCCCAAAGCAAAAUGCGAUUAGCCUAGUUGUCAUUUAUCAUCUUCCUUCCCGUUCUAACAGGCUGAUCAGUGGAGGCGCCCCCUGGUGGCCGCUGGGCCCUCAGCAGCCGCUUAGCUUGCUUAUGCCUUGGGCCUGCCCUGUUCCAUAGUGCAAUGGGACCGGAAUCUGUUUACUGAACGUCUUCUUGGCCUUUUAAGUGAUAAGGCUUUCUGCGCUCUUUACGAGUGUGUGCACCUGUAAGUGUGUGAGCGUGAUCGCUUCCAGAUCGAUAUCUGAUAAUGUCCAUAACAGAUAUAUCGUGCAUAUUAUAUAAUAAAGUUUGCGAUUUACUGUAGGCUUUCGGUGCUGGGAUUUUUGCAUCUGUCUCCUAAAUGUACAUAAAUAGACGUGUGUUUUUAAGGAUCCUGACUGGAGACUUACUGAUGACCGAUGGUGAGAGCACCUCAUGUUUGCUCACCUCGAACCCGGAACUGGCUGGUUGGCUGUGUUAAAUCUCAGUUUAGCCUCCUUGGCUUUGAGAUUGGAUGGAGAUUGUGAAAAACACACGUCUAUAUGAGAGGGGACACACUUUGGCCAGAAUGAACCGUUUGAGAGGUUUUUAUUCCCUAUUUAAGAGUAAUAAAAGCUGGCUUGUAUUUAAA